GCGCUGUCUCCCUGCACAGCUGCACAGACACGCACUGUCUACGCGCGAGAACCACGCCGCGAUGGCAACCCUGUCCUUCUCCUCCCCGCCGACUCGGCUCGCAGCCGCUGCAGCUCCCAACCACGGCAAGGACAACGCCGACGCGUUCUUCCGAGACGUCCAACUCUGCCCGGACGGCUCCUGCGCUCUCGCGACGGCCGAGGAUCGCUCCUUGAGCCUCUUUGUUCUGCCGUCGCACGUCGAUGAGGCCGCACCGACCGCCUCGACCUCGGCCGUCACGCUCGACGCGGCGUGGACGCACCUGCCGUCCGACUCGCUCCUGUCGACUGCGUGGUACCCUGGCGCGUCGAUCGGCGAUCCGGCCAUGUUCAGCUUUGCGGCCGGCGUCAAGGACCACCCGGUGCACCUUCUCGACGGCAACGACCAACGGGUGCGAGCGAGCUACCCGAUCAUCGACCACACCGAGCGCUUUGUCGCGCCGCACGCCAUGUCCUUCUCGCCUGACGGGGCAAGCCUGUACUGCGGCUUCGACAACGCCAUCGAGAUCUUUGACGUCGGUCGGCCGGGCGACGAGGGAUACCGGCUCAAGACGACGCGCACGAGGAGCUCGCGAGAUGGCCAGAAAGGAAUCAUAUCUUCGCUCGCCUUCUCGGGGGCAGAUUCCUCGUCCGGCUCGAGCUGCCUCGCGGCGGGCUCGUUCUCGGGCUCGGUCGGCCUGUACGACCCGUCGGCUCACUCGCCCCUCAUCGACCUACUCGUCCCGUCACAGCGAGGCGGCAUCACCAAGCUCCUCUUCCACCCUCUCUCGCCCCACCUCCUGUUCGCCGCCUCGCGCCAGUCGUCGCACCUCGACGUGUGGGACCUGCGCAACACGUCACGGACGAGCAGCAGCGGUCGGCUGCGGCGCAACGGGCGCACGAACCAGCGGCUCGGGUUCGACAUUGACCCGACCGGGACGUGGCUCGCCGCAGGGGAUCAGGACGGCGCCGUCUCGAUCUUUAGCGCUCAGCCGCUUCCCGACGACCUCGAGCCCGUCACGUCGCUCCCACUUUCCUCGGACCCCGUCGGCGCGACGCUCUUCCACCCGUACCUCCCUCUCCUGCUCACGGCGUCGGGCACGCGCAAGUUCGGCCAGGGCACGACGAGCGGUCGAGGAGCGGUCGAGGGAGACAGCGACACUGUCCUGAAACUCUAG